AUGCUAUUUUGCUGCUCCAACAUCCCCGAGUCUUCCAGGCUAAAAAAAUGUAAAGACAUUGGAAUGAGCAGGGACUGGCAGUGCCUCAAAUCCCAAACGAAUGGGCUUUGCAAGGAAAUAAGGGAGAAAAAUGCAGAAAAUGCUACUUCAACUACUCAUGACGUAACCACACCUACUUCUAGUGCUGAUCUCGCUGUCUUUGAUUUUAACUUGAACUUGACUGGUAUGGUUUCAAGUGAAGAAGACACCAGGAAACCUGUAUUCAAAUCCGAAAAAAACAAUUCACUUCCAGCAACAACAAAGACAGGUACAGACAAGAGGUCAACAAAAGAAGAAGGAGAAACAGUGACAUCUACAUUUAUAGCCUUGAUAGCUAUUGGGACUGCCAUUAUAUUAUUUAUUUUUUUGGGUGCAAUCAUUUACUACUGCUUUAAACGUUCGCAUCCAAACGGUAAGAAAAAGAUAUACUUUUUUCUUCUUUAAUUGCGCAAGUAUAUUUUGUAACAUUUAUGGAAUAAGUAGACCCUUUGAGAAAAUUGAGUAAUUUAAUGAAUUCUUAUCAUAAUCAUGUUUAAGUGCUAUUUCACACGGAUGUACACAAAUUGAAACUUAGAAAAUAGUGAUUAUACUAUGACCAUCAUAUGUCAAUUGUCCUCAAGCAGGAGUCCAUCACCCAGAGCCACCAUACCAAUUAUACCAUUGAGUCAACCCUGUCCUGUAUCUUUUUAUUUUGAGACAAUAAUUUAUGCUAUGUUGCAGUUACAAAUUCCAACGAGCGUAUACCUCUGAGAGGUAUGGAAGGUGCCGAAGAUAGAGAUGUCUCAACAGAAACCGCAGAAGGUAAUGAAAACCAUCAUAAUAUUUAUGCAUCACGCAUUCUGCUGACAAGCUUUUGGACAAAAAUGAAUCUAUUUCAAGAUGUACAUCUCUUGAGCAGACUUUUCUUCAAGAGGGGAGAAUUGACAAUCAGAUCUUGAGAAUCAAAGAGUUAAUAAUCCCUUUAACUCUCCAGUUCUAACUGUUAAUUUUCCCCCCUAGCUUCUACACAUUUCCCUUUAGUUUUGUUACAAGAAUUUGGUUUGGGAUCAAGAUAACCUCUACCUGAUAAAUUUGAUUAUUCUCAUUACCUAUUUGCUGGAUAAUGUAUGGAUAUUACAGGAAGAAGUUGCAUGUUAAUCACUUCAGGGAGUUGGAGGAUUAAGAUUUUUCCAAUUUUAUGGUAAUCAACAAGUUGCAUUCUGGAUAACUGAAGUGCUUCUUAAUUUUAUUUUGUCUCUCAAAUGUGCUAGAAGCUAAUGACAAUCAAGAGCCUCUCAUUAGUGAGCUUAGACAAGACCAGCCAAAAACUGAUCUGAUUCCGGCAGGUGAGGUGUACAUCCUGCCAUUUGGUAGACCAAGUUGAUUACUUGUUUAUUCUUGUUAUGCAAUUAAGAUCAUGCGAUGACUGUGCCAUUAGUCAUUCAGAUGUUGCAUUUCAUCUCUUACAUGUACCCUCCUCUUAGCUUGGUGCAAUAAAAUGCACAAUUGUAGCCUCGUGAGUGGGUGUUAAAAUGGAAAUAAACUCAUCCCCUGAGUUAGUCUGUAGUACCUACACUACAGAGAUUAAGUUUCCUUCACUGCUGAACACUGUACUCCUAAAAAUAAACCAAAAAACUAUUCUUAAUCCUUGGGAAUUCUUAACAAUUGAAGCAUGCCUUUUUCCACCAAUGGUACUACAAAAAACUCUGUUAACAUCAUUAUCUAUUGAACUCUUAGAUUGCAAAGUCUCUGAAAUGCCACAGCUGCAUAACCACGAAAAUCAAAUACUAUUGCACUAUGUGCAAAGGAUGCUGGAUCCACUGGAGAAACAGACAAAGAAAAAUUGGCGCUCUGUUGGGCAAACCUUGAAUGUUUCAGAAGAAGACUUGGACCUAAUAGACACUGAUUACAGAGCAGGAAGAAGUCCUACAGUUAGUCUUAUUGGUAAAUUAAGUACCUUUUUAACAGUACCCUCAAUAAGAAGCUUUGUAGAAGCUCUUAUUACUUGCAAAAGGUAUGAUGUGGCCACCCAUAUUUGCAACUGGCCAUGGGAGUUACGCACUAUACAAUAA